GAGAUAGAGAGUCAAUGAUGGUAGAGAUGAGGGAAAUAAUGAGAGGGAUAACCAGAGAGAUGACGGGUGCGGACACUAGGGCACCUGGCCAUCGCGACAAGCCUGGAUCCCCGUAUUUAUUACGAUGGGAUCGCAGAAAUUCCGAUCCAUGGAGGAGUGUAGGGGAAAGGAACCCCCGCACGCUCGCAGACUAUCGAGCUCGUGAGAGGGCCGAGGAUGAUCCCUGGAGGAGGAGAGAUGAUGAGAUCGAUAGAGAUCGUCGCACCGACCAAUAUCGCCAGGACGAUAGGUAUUACAGGGGUGGACGAUUCGAGCAGUACCCACGGAGCCCCAGGUACGACCGGAAUCCUGAUGGUUUCCGGAGCCCUGGGAACUUUACGCACAGGGAUGGAGGAGAUUCCCGCGACACUGGGAACCUGAUCGGGAUCGCAGAGACGGAUAUCGUGGAGGAUAUGAUAGGGCGGACAGAGCAGGAGACAGACGUGCCGACUCCAGAGGAGACAGGCGCGAUGAUUCUCGAGGAGAUCGGCGAGACGAUUCCCGUGGGCGAUAUGACCGAGGAGGAUAUCCUGCGUCGUCAGGGUAUCCAAAGUCAUCCACUUAUCCCAGGUCUCAAGGACCAUCCAACCCAAAUGCCAGAGCACUGGGAGUACCGCCGCCUAGAGCCGAAGAGGACAGGGCCACCUACCCUGAGGAGUACUUGCGUCUACUGCAAGGCGGAUGACCAUGUCAAAAGAGACUGCCCCGACCUCAAGCGGGCAAUAGACGAGGGGAUCGUAGUGCUUGACGACCGAAAGUACGUCCAGUGGGCGGAUGACCUAGGAGAUAUCUCAAUGUUUCCUUCAAUGAAGGAAAACGUCGACGCCAGACAAGUACGCCCCAGCAAAGGGAAGGAAGUAGUGAGGAGUCGGAGCAUCAGGAUAUUGAUGUCGCUGGACGAGGACGAGCCUACGACGCCUAUCCGAGUUGCGGCGACAAAAUCCGCCAGACCAUCAUCAUCAAGAAGACGGACACCGAUUAUGUGAUGGCAGAAAAGGAUGGACAAAGGAUCGAUUGAAGCACGGAGCUCGCAAGUUCACAAUGAAGAGCUCAUUGGAUG